CAUGGGGACGCGCUGUGCUAGCGCAGAGCUACCCCCGUGUUCGUCUGUCAUAAGAACUCUGUUUAGAAACACGCCGGAUAAUUUGUAUUUGUAAUAUAUAAUAAACAUGCCAGGGGACUCGGGACACGAUAUUACGAUGGUGACGUGCACAGCACCGGUAAACAUCGCAGUCAUAAAGUACUGGGGUAAGAGGGACGAAGAUUUAAUUUUGCCUAUCAAUUCAUCCCUGAGCGUCACGCUGCAUCAGGAUCAGUGUGUCUCGUUGACUUUUCGGUUGUUGCAGUUAAAGUCGACCACCACAGUUGCGUGCAGCCCACGAUUCAAAGAGGACCGUAUUUGGCUCAAUGGCAAAGAGGAGAACAUCAACCAGCCUCGAUUGCAGUCCUGUCUCCGAGAAAUUCGACGACUUGUUCGUAAGAGACACAUCGAUGGGAACGUUAGUUCAAGUGCCCUCAGUUCGCAUCACAAAGUCCACAUCUGCUCCGUGAACAACUUCCCCACAGCAGCAGGCCUUGCCUCCUCCGCCGCUGGCUAUGCCUGCCUGGUGUACUCGCUGGCGCGGCUGCUGGGCGCCGAGGGCGAGCUGUCGGAGGUGGCGCGGCAGGGCUCGGGCAGCGCCUGCCGCAGCAUGUACGGGGGCUUCGUGCAGUGGCGAAUGGGGACGCAGCGCGACGGGACCGACAGCGUGGCACAGCAGGUGGAGCCCGAGUCCCAUUGGCCGGAGCUCAGAGUCCUCAUCCUGGUGGUCAGCGCGGAGAGAAAGCCUGUUGGGAGCACGGCUGGCAUGGAGACCAGCGUGAGAACCAGCAGCCUCUUAAAGCACCGUGCAGAAAGGGUGGUCCCGCAGAGGAUGGAGGAGAUGGUCCACGCCAUCCGGCAGAAGGACUUUGCAGCCUUUGGCGAGCUCACCAUGAAGGACAGCAACCAGUUCCAUGCCACCUGUCUGGACACCUAUCCACCCAUUUUCUAUCUCAAUGACGUGUCGCGGCACAUAAUCAGCUUGGUGCACCGCUACAACCAGCACUGCGGGGAGACCCGGGUGGCGUACACAUUUGAUGCAGGCCCCAAUGCAGUGAUCUAUGCACUGCAGCAGCACAUCUCAGAGUUUGUGGAGCUGCUCAAGUACUUCUUCCCAACGGAGACCAAUGGAGAGUUCCUGAAGGGGCUUCCUGUGAGCUCUGUUACGCUGCCUGAGGACCUCACAAAGGCUAUUGGAAUGGAGCCGCUUCCCGGAGGAAUCAGCUACAUCAUCAGCACCAAGGUCGGCCCAGGUCCCCAGGUACAGGAAGACCCUAGCCUUCAUUUGCUGGGACCUGGCGGGAUGCUCAAGGUGAAUGCGUGACCAAGGAUCGGCUCCCAACAGCUCAGAUCAGGGAACAUUCUGGAGGGAAAAAUAGCAGUUACCAUUCACAUAAACGAUGAACGGUUCAUUUAUGAGCAGUACUGCUCAAAUUGUUCAGUCUUGUUUGUAUGAAACAAACUUGUGUGAGAUAAUCUGAAAUCUGUUGUAAUUAACCUCUGAAAUGCUUGUACAGGUGGGUUUGCAAACAUUUUAAUACAGUUUGUUCUUCACCUACUGAA